AUCCAAGUCCCCCAGGGCAUAGAUGUCAACCUGUACCCCGACAUGACCACCCUCCUCAACUCCAAUUCCAACUUGUUGCCCCCACCGGUGGAGAGCCAGUUUGUGGACCAUAAGUCUUGUCAAAUCUGUGGAAAGAGAAUCACUAGAGACAUGUCAAGACAUAUGAGAACCCACCAGAGCGAGGCUCGUUUCACCUGCAAAUUCCCCAAGGGCCAGUGCCGCCACAAGCUGGGCAAGUUCAACCGUCCUUACGACUACAAGAAGCAUUUAUUGAACAGACACUUCAAGUUCGACGACCCAUGUGUUAAAAGACUCCACAACCUCAGCGACAAGCUCUUUGACUGGGGCACCUGUCCUUGUGGGCUCCGGUUCAUGGGCAAGGACUGGUUGGACAAGCACAUUCUCACUGAGGAUGCUUCCAAGAAAUGUCCCAUCAUCGAGUAA